AUGGGUAAAAUUCGUCAUCAAAAAAAUAAAACUAAAUCGAAAAAAAAGAUUGAAAUUUUACCAGAAGAAAUAGAACAACCUAUGGAUGAUGUCAUCGAUGAUGAAAAUGAUUUAGCUGAACAUAAUGAAAUCGAUUUUGAUAAACGUAGUGUGGUAUCAAAUAAAACUAUUAAAUCACUUGUUUCUAAGAAAAAAGAUAAAAUCAAGUUAAAACGACAAUUUCUUCUUAAACGUCUUCAUGCAGCUCAUGAAUCAAAACGUGAAGCGAAAGAACGAGCUGAACGUCGAAAAACAGUUAUUGUUAGUGAUAUGAAAAAUGAAUUUGAAAAUUCACUUGGUCAGAUUGAAUCUUAUCUUGAAGAACAACGUUUAGCAUUAGCAGAAAAGAAAAAUACUCGAAAACAAGUUCUUUCACAAGCUGAACGUAAUCGACAAAGUCAAGCAAAUAUUGAUAUAUUCAAUAAGAUUUCUCAAUCAAUAGAAUAUUCUACUAAUCCAUUUGAACUUAUAAAAAAACAACUUGAACAACAAAUAAUUCCAUCAACAAAGAAAAAGAGUUGA